AUGGGGUUGACGUUAGUUUCAAUUAGCUGCCUCACAUCCGCUGGGUACACAGUGUUGUUCCAUGAGAACUUAUCCAAAAUCUUCAAUGAGAAGAAGAUGAUGAUGGGGGAGAUACCAGUAGACAAAGGCCUAUACUGCAUUAGAGGUCCAAAGAGACCAUUUGCCGGAGUAAUGAAUGCAAAAGAAGCACUUACUAUGCGAGAUGUCCACACCAGAUUCAGCCACAUUGCUCCCAAUAGCAUCAAAUGCAGGCUAAAGGAUGGCAUCAUUACUGGAAUUGCGCUAGAUCCUUCGGAACUCACCUUAGACAAAUGCGACUCAUGCGAGUAUGCAAAGGCCACUCAAAAAGCCAUUGGGAAGAAAUUCGGUGAUGAGGUGCAUAUGGACCUUUGGGGACCUUCGCCAGUACAAACACCUGGACACAAAGAGUACUUUGUGUCAUUUACAGAUGACCAUACUUGA